GUUAAAUUAUAAAAUAAAAAUCCGGCCGGCCCUUUGCUUUACAAUCGGCUUAAUAGAAUUAGCUGCCAUAAUGGUGAACGCAUUUGUGGCAUUACUAAUCGUUUACAUCUGUAUUAUAGUGAUAGUAUUUGGUGUCAGCAUUUUUCGCAUAAAACAGGAUCAUACGGAUGGAGUCUGUUGUUUAUGGGUAGCAUUAAUAUUGGUGCCCAUAUUCUGUUCCCUUCUUAUUGCCCCCGGCUUCAAAAACACGAGGCAGAACCGAAUCCUGGACAGGAAUCGACAAAGCCCGGAAUUCUCGGUGGACAAUGUGGUCAUCGGAAACAUUGACGCCACCGCCGGCAACACCCUCUCCCCCACCUUCACCUUCACCCUCCACGCCAAAAACCGCCACGAAAGCCGCGGCAUGUGCUACGCCGCCGCCGAGGCCAGACUCUCUUUCUAUCACAAUGCUGACAGUGGGACCCUUGCGUUCGCAACCAUGACCGCCGCCCCGGUCAACCUGCCGCCGGGAAACGACGACCCAAUCGGCAUCCCCUUCUCUGCCGGGUCAACGAAUGUGACGCUGACCGACAAAGAAGCCCGGGUUUUGAUUGAAAAUAAGCAGAACUUGGAUAGGUUCAAUGCGUCCUUGACUGUGAUAGCUCUGGUUAAGAAUGACAUCUCCGACGCCCGUUCUCGCUGGCUUGAGAUCAAGUGCGAUUCUAUGUCUCUCGUGCCCAAUUUUACGCAAGUGUUCACGUGUAGGUUAUCCGGACUCUGAAAGGAAUUGAUUGACCUAGAUGGAAAGCUUUUGCCAAUUUAGAAGGUUUUGAACACAAGUUCCAGACUGAUAAUCUUCGCCUUGUCCACACAAAUAAAAUUUGUAAUCCAAGAUUUGUUGCUAUUAAUACUAACUUCUUUGAAAACAUUUACCACGAAUUCGUGGGAAUUGUUAAAUUUAACGCGGUUAGUUACCCGUCAUUUAAUCCGGUAGGUUUUGGUUCUUGUUCCCUUGCCAUAUUUAUGUACUGUUAAUUAAUAAAUUGGUAAGAUAUUCC